CCCACUUUCUCUCUCUUCAACUCCUUUUUCUUCUUAUUUUAUCUCCAUAUUCAGACCAUUUAACCUCCAUUUCCGUCGACCUAGCACUCGGAUUCCGCUGCCCAUUACCCUAAUUGGUUCGAUCCGUCCAGAUCCGGCCGUCCGUGAACACGAACAAGGCAUUUCCGACGAAAACCGGGGUCUCUACCGGUUUCCGGUUGAACCGGCGUUUUUGUCGAAUAACUCCGGUUUGUUUUUAAAUUUUUCUGGGUUUUGAUGUUGAACCAGACCGGAUAUAUGGCGGGUCGCGGUCGGACCGCCCGGUCCGGUUCUGACAACCGUGUGAAAAAUAUAUAUUCCAAAAUAUUAUUGACAUUAGAAUAAUUUUUUUUAGGUAUAAAGAAUUGGAAUUUUCGGAUUGAAAUUGGGAUAAAUUGGAUAUUCCAAUCCCAAUUUAAUUCUUCAAUUAUAAAAUGUGGAUUAGCGACUCUAGUGUUGGUUGACCUUUGGCUCAAUACAGAAGCCAUAGCUCUCCUUCUACUUCUACGUGGCGGUUGACCGGUGGUCCCAUUUUCUCUCUCCAGCGGUGUAACAGUACAAAAUACUAUCUCCGGCCGCCAUCCCAUUUUUGCGUUCUCGUCUUAAUUUCACACCGUCAGACCCAAAACCCUUGAUACAAAUUCAGCAUCCAAUUCUCUUUUGGAACAACAAUUCACGGAGAAAAAAUUUGGCACCAUGCGCCCCUGCAUAUCCAGUAUUGCCAAAUGGCAUUCGCGUCUGAGGAAUUUCAGUUCGGCUAAUUGCAGAGUCACAUCUCUCAUUCUACACGAAACCAGUAAUGGAUCGAAGAAGUACACUACUUCAUGUGAAAAAUAUCCAGCGGACGCACAUAAAGACAAUCCCGUUUCCAAUAUGUUGUCCGAUUCGUUCGGUAGGCAACAUACAUAUUUGAGGAUUUCACUGUCUGAACGCUGUAAUUUGCGGUGCCAGUACUGUAUGCCCGCUGAAGGCGUAGAGCUUACUCCCACUCCUCAACUUCUAACACCAAACGAGAUUGUUCGACUGGCAAAUCUGUUUGUCAGUUCUGGCGUUAGCAAAAUCCGUCUCACUGGUGGUGAGCCAACUAUUAGGAAAGAUAUCGAAGAAAUUUGCUUGCAGCUGUCGAGUUUGAGUGGAUUGAAGACACUUGCGAUGACUACUAAUGGAAUCACCCUUGCGAAUAAACUUCCGAGGUUAAAAGAAUGCGGGCUCAGUUUGUUGAAUAUAAGUUUAGACACGUUGGUUCCUGCAAAAUUUGAAUUUAUGAGCAGGCGAAAAGGGCACGACAGAGUUAUGAAAGCCAUUGAUGCUGCUAUAGAGCUCGGGUAUAAUCCCGUCAAAGUAAAUUGUGUUGUAAUGCGCGGAUUCAAUGACGAUGAAAUAUGCGAUUUUGUUGAGCUAACACGUGAGAAGCCGAUCAAUAUACGAUUUAUUGAGUUCAUGCCUUUUGAUGGGAAUGUCUGGAAAGUAAAGAAACUCGUACCUUACUCUGAAAUGAUGGAUAUUGUGGUUAAACAAUUUACAGGACUUGAAAGGAUUAAGGAUGAUCCCACAGAGACAGCUAAGAAUUUUAGGAUCGAUGGGCAUCGCGGUACAGUUUCUUUCAUUACAUCGAUGACAGAGCAUUUUUGUGCUGGUUGUAAUAGAUUGAGACUUCUUGCUGACGGGAACUUUAAGGUUUGCCUCUUCGGUCCGUCAGAGGUUAGCUUGAGGGACCCGCUGCGCAGUGGUGCUGAUGACAACGAGCUUAGGGAGAUUAUUGGAGCAGCGGUCAAAAGAAAGAAAGCGUCUCAUGCUGGGAUGUUCGACAUUGCAAAGACUCCAAACAGACCAAUGAUUCAUAUCGGUGGCUAGGGAUAUACGGUACAUACUACCUGUAACCGCGCAAGUCGAAUUUUAGCGUACGCUUUGGUUCUUCAGUUUUGGUUGAUCGUCACAUCACACACACCGAAUAAAGAGAAAAGGGAAAGUGCUGAAGAAAUAGAGACAUCUGAUACUGAAGCCAUGGUUUUUUUUUUUUUUUUUUUUAAUUAUUCUCAAGGCUGUAUAUUAUCACAUUAAUGUAUUUUGGAUGAUUACAAUUUUAAUUUUCUCAUAUAUUAUUUUCAUUGUAAUGUAACUGUAACUUAUUAUGUUCACUUAUUCCAGAGGCCAAACAGUUCUUCAAUAACUUGAUUAUCUCUCCUAAUUAUAAAUGUAUUCAGUUUCCAAUGGUAUUA